UGCAACCACCCCAGGCCACCAUGAGGAAGGCAGCUGGAGGCGACGAGUUUGCAGAACUCUCGAGGCUCCUCCCAGACCUUCUGGAGUCGGCUAACGCCAGUGGCAACGCGUCGCUGCAGCUUCGGGACCUGUGGUGGGAGCUGGGGUUGGAGUUGCCCGACGGCGCCGCCCCUGGGCAUGCCCCGGGCAGCGGCGGCGGCGGGACCGAGAGCGCGGACUCCGAGGCCCGCGUGCGGAUCCUCAUCAGCGCCGUGUAUUGGGUGGUUUGCGCCCUGGGACUGACGGGCAACCUGCUGGUGCUCUAUCUCAUGAAGACCAAACAGGGCUGGCGCCAGUCGUCCAUCAACCUCUUCGUCACCAACCUGGCGCUGACCGACUUUCAGUUCGUGCUCACUCUGCCCUUCUGGGCGGUGGAGAACGCGUUGGACUUCAAGUGGCCCUUUGGCAAGGCCAUGUGCAAGAUCGUGUCCGUGGUGACGUCCGUGAACAUGUACGCCAGCGUCUUCUUCCUCACGGCCAUGAGUGUGGCCCGCUACCAUUCGGUGGCCUCGGCUCUCAAGAGUCACCGGACCCGAGGGCGCGUCCGUGGCCAUUGCUGGAGUCAGCACUGGGAGGACACGUGCUGCUUCUCAGCCAAGGCACUGUGUGUGUUGAUCUGGACCUUGGCCCUGCUGGCCUCCCUGCCCAAUGCCGUCUUCUCCACCACCAUCAGGGUGAUGGACGAGGAGCUGUGUCUGCUGCGCUUCCCCGACCAAUCGCUGGGCCGAGACAGGCAGUUCUGGCUGGGUUUGUACCACUCGCAGAAGGUGCUGCUGGGCUUCGUGCUGCCCAUGGGCAUCAUCAGCCUGUGCUACCUGCUGCUGGUGCGCUUCAUCUCCGACCGCCGCGUGGUGGGGGUGGAAGGAGGGCCCCCCGCGGCGGGAGGAGGUCUGACCUCAGCCAGCGCUCGGAGACGCGCCAAGGUCACCAAGUCAGUGACCAUCGUGGUCCUCUCUUUCUUCCUGUGUUGGCUGCCCAAUCAGGCCCUCACCACCUGGAGCAUCCUCAUCAAGUUCAACGCGGUGCCCUUCAGCCAGGAGUACUUCCUGUGCCAGGUCUAUGCGUUCCCCGUGAGCGUGUGUCUAGCACACUCCAACAGCUGCCUCAACCCCAUCCUGUACUGCCUAGUGCGCCGCGAGUUCCGAAAGGCGCUCAAGAGCCUGCUGUGGCGGUUCGCCUCGCCUUCCCUCACCAACAUGCGCCCCUUCACCGCCACCACCAAGCCGGAGCCCGAGGACCAGCACGGGCUGCAGGCCUUGGCGCCCUUGCAGGCUGCCGCGGAGCCAGACGUGCUCUACUACCCACCCGGCGUGGUGAUCUACAGCGGAGGGCGCUACGACCUGCUACCCAGUAGCUCAGCCUACUGA